GUGUGUGUGUUCCGUUUCGGACCCUCCCAAAACCCUAAUCUCCAUGGCCGAGGGUGAGACCAAUGUCGAGCCCCAUUCCCAUCCCCAAACCGUAAAACCAGAAUCGAAUCCCCUGCCACCCUCCAAGCGCAAGCCCGACUCUGAAGCCCUCGUGGAAGAAGAGACGAAGCAUCGGAAGCUCGAGGUCGCCUCUGAUCCUGCACCUCCGACCCAAGACGGCGCCAACGAGGACGAACCGGCCGACGCUAAUGGGGACCGGAACGCCGCUGUCGAUAAGGGGAAGGGAGUGCUCACCGCGGUGGACAAGGGUAAAGGGAUAGCGGUCGAUGAGGAGGGCGAGGAGGAGGAAGAAGAAGACGGGGGCGAUGAUAAGGACAGCGACGACAGUAGCGAUGUGGGUAGUGGCGACGAGAUUGUCGGGGAGGAGGACGAUGACAGUGAUUUCGUCGAUGAUCCGCUGGCGGAGGUUGAUCUUGAGAACAUCCUGCCUUCAAGGACGCGGCGACGGGAGCCUCCGCCUCCGGGGGCUUAUUUCGACCCUGAUCAGCACGAGGAUGACAGCGAUGACAGUGAGUAAAAUGAGAUGAGGCUCAAAGAAGGAAACUAGAAGUUGGCAAGGAUCAAGUUACCAUUUUGCUAUCCAUGCAGUAAUGUGUCCGGUGAUCGCCACUCACUGUUAGUUUGCGUUGAGUUUCUUCACUUCUAUUUUUCCAUGAGAAGGAAGGAUAUGGAUGGUUAUCAGCACUUUACUUGCUUGAUCUGAACUGUAGAACAAUAUGGAAGGAACAGUAUUUGCUUGAUCUGAACUGUAGAGCAUAGAAAGAACAAUAUGUAUAUCUGAGUUCUUAGGGUGGUACAAUGAGUUGCAUUGAUAUAAUUUUUCCAUUGAUGGAAAGCACAGUUUGACAUUACUUCCAAGCAAA